UAAUAAAAACAGUGCACCCUUUCUCUGUUGUAGCGUCUAGGGUUUAGAGAUCAAAAUACACUCACCCCGCGCGCGCCUCUCUCUCUUUCUCUGCAUCGCAUGGAGGAACCUCCAACUUCAGUUCCGGCGACAGCGUCAUGCUGGAGCAACGUGGUGAAGAAGCAGCCACCUCCACCACCGCAGCACAACGUUCCAGUUUUGGUGGAAACCACCGAAUCUUCCAAUGCCAUCGCCGUCGCCGUUGUGGACGCCAACGCGAUAAUCGAAUCCGGCGAAAAGCUCCACGGCCUCGCCGACAAGUUCAUCUCCAUCCCUGAAGUUAUGGAGGAAAUCCGUGACCCCGUUUCCCGCCACAAACUCUCUUUCCUCCCCUUCUCCAUUCAAACCAUGGAACCCUCCCCGGAAUCCAUCAAUAAAGUUGUCAAAUUUGCUAGGGCUACUGGUGACCUACAAACUCUAUCUGAUGUUGAUAUCAAGCUCAUAGCUCUGACUUACACGUUGGAGGCUCAGAUUCAUGGGACCAAAAAUCUCAGGGAUGCCCCUCCCCCUGUGCAGACGUUGAAUGUGAAGAGGUUGCCAGAGAAGGACAUGCCGGGGUGGGGUUCUAACGUGCCUAAUUUACAAGAGUGGGAGGCGUUGGAACAGGCGGAAGACUCUUUGAAUUCCAAUUCGAAAAUACUUCCUUUGCAGGAUCUGAACUUGAACAUUGUUUCUCCUGAUGAUCACUCUGUGGACGGUUCUGUGGAGAGGACGAGUGAAGCUGAUUCGGGGAUUCAGGACGGCGGUGAGGAUGGUUUUACGAAGCCUAGGAGAUUCACGCCUAAGAAAAAGGAGAUAAAAAUUGAGGGGAAAACAAUGGUGGCUGAUGGAGUCGAUGCGUCGCAGGGCGAGUUUGAUGACAAUGCUGGUGAUUGGAUGCCGGCUGUCAGUCGGAGUACUCACAGGAGAUACUUGAGAAGGAAAGCUAGACGUGAGUAUCAUGAGUCUAUAUCGAGCACUCAAGAUGAACAAGAUUUGGAAGGAAAGGAUGAUAUUGUUGGUGAGGAUGUUAGUGUUUUAAAUCAGCAAGUUCAUGAACGGGAUCCUGAACAAGUUGAAAAUGCUGUGUCUGAGAAUAAUGAGGUGGUAAAAGAGAACAAAGACAAUGGAAGUAUAUAUGAGAUUCUCCAGCAAAUGAGACUGGAGGAAGGUUCUCUUGAAGUUCUUGAUGAGGAAAAUAAGCCAAGUUUAUCUUCCGAAGAACUCCAGUCAGACAAUACUGGAUUGGUGGAAACAGUACCUGAUGGCAAUGCAGAUGUGGUCACUAAACCACGGGACAGUGGGAUAGAUACAGUUGAUAGCCAAUCAGAUCACUUGGAAAUUGCAAGCCAGGCCAGUGUAGCUGCUGACUUUUCAUAUGCUGAUGACGAUGGUAGUGAGCAAAGUUGGAUGGUUAGAUCUUUGUCUGAAUCAAGCGUAGCAUGUGUAACCGGUGACUUUGCAAUGCAAAACGUUCUUCUCCAAAUGGGUUUGCGCUUACGAGCACCCGGAGGAACGCAGAUACACCAGCUGCACAGAUGGAUACUCAAGUGCCAUGCCUGUUAUACUGUGACUGCUGAGAUUGGUAGAAUUUUCUGUCCAAAGUGUGGAAAUGGCGGCACACUAAGAAAGGUUGCUGUCACAGUUAAUGAAAAUGGAAUAGUAGUUGCAGGCCGCCGACCACGGGUUACAUUACGUGGCACAAAGUUUUCAUUGCCUUUACCCCAAGGUGGACGGGCUGCAGCUACAAAGAACCCCAUUCUCCGUGAAGACCAACUUCCUCAAAGGGUACUUUAUCCCAAAACGAAGAAGAAAACCAGCAAACAGGAUGAUGACUUAUUUACACCAGACAGUGUCUUCAGCCACCACACUGAUAAGAAAGCUCCUUUCCAGCCUCCUAUAAGGAAAGCAAUGGCAGUUUUCGGUGGAAGGAGAAAUCCAAAUGACAAUCACUACUCACGCUCCAAGCAUAAAUAGUGGAUCUCGCCAAUUUUGACUGACUUUUAUCCCCUAAAUUUUGUUUUUAUUGCUCGAAUUUGAAAGUUAGUUGGAAAUUUGUUGGGUUAUGAAAAACAUAUAUAAGUGGGUCUCAUUGUCUCUACAUAUCUAGCUGUCUAUGAUCUAGUUUAGCUGUCAUGGGAAUGAAUGCUGAAAGAGUGAAUGAAUUAAUUUCAUGAGAAUGGAUUUCAGUUUUG